UUAAAUAAUUGGAAGAAGAUACACUGUGAUUAUUAAUUUCGUAAACUCGCUACACUUUAAACAUGUUAUUCUUACUUCAAUCAAUAUCUUUGGUUAAUAACCAUUAUACAAUCCUUUCAAAUUCGCAAACUUUUUUCUCAUUUAACACUGUUCUACGCACCUAGGUGUAGAAAUAGAAACACUUCCUACUGAGAUCAGAGAUUAUGAGUUGCUGUCUGUUUUUGAAUCUCGCCUAAAAAGCCACUUAUUUAAAUUGCCUUUUUAUCUGGUGAUAUUAUAUUACUUAUUUCUAAUUGUGAUAGUAUUUUGUAGAUCACUUUGUAUAUGUCAUGGUUGUUUUAGUGUUAUUUUAUCUGUUUUUCCCUUAUUUGUGAAGCGCUUUGAGAUAUUUGGUUAUGAAAGGCGCUAUAUAAAAUCAAGAUUAUUAUAAUUAGUAGUAUAUAUUAUUAUUCUUUAUUUCCACAGACAAGUGCAUCAUUCCCUGUUAUUGUUCUGAAAUGAAAAGUUCUUCAAAAGUAAACAGAAGCCACUGGCAUUGUCAAGAGUGCAAAAGUAGGCUACUAUUCAACGUCAACAUAACUUUAAACAACACAUAGAAAAACAUGGUAAGACAUUUAAAAACAAUACAUCUACAACAACUAAAUCUCUAUGAAACUCAUCAGGAAACCCGCUACACCAUAUUUGUUCUAUUAUUGUCAUUAUGUAUUUUGUAGUUAAGGCUAUCAUAAUGCAUAUGUAGGCUAUAUAUUAUAUCGGCAAGUUUUAAAACAAGAAAAUAUUUACCUUAUAUAAAAGAUAACAUUUCUGGAAGUGUAAAAUCAAUUUUCUAAAUACACAUGACAAUGGUAACAGGUCCCAAGCACAUUAUUAUAAACUUAAACACUGGUAUGAAUUACUGAAAGAUACGUAUUUGUAAAAUAACAUAACUACCAAUAAAGAAAAUGAAAAGGAAACUGUGAAAUCAUAACAUAACAGCGACAGCUGGAGUGGUCCGGACCACUGUGACUUCACAGCGCUGAGUGGUCCAGACCAUGGGCCACAGAAUGCUACAACCCCGUCUCGAUUUAAAUCAGCCAACCCUGAUUGAACCAUUCACUUAUGUUGAACAAACACGAUUUAUGAACUUUGAACGGUCUGGAAUGUGGUCUAUUUUUGGCUUAUUGUAACGUGUAAAUUCACUGUCCUUUUCAGAGCGCAAUAUUGAAAACAGGUUUGUUCAUUAUACUAGGAAGCGGUUAUUGUUUUAGGAAUAUUAACUGUCUACAAUAGCACCUACACAUGACUGAAGGUUUGGGACAUGUUUGAGUAAUGUUAGUAGUAAAUCAUUUUACACAGUUAUUAUUUGUUUUGUCAUUUGAUGACAAUCAGCACCGUCAUUAAAAAUGGGUCUAGGGUAUGCAAUCUGGCUGUGGGUGUGGUGUGUUUUCAAGUGAAUGAAAUUCCAAUGCAUUUAGACCUUGAGGGUUAGGCUGUAUUAAAAGAGGCUAUUACAGUUCCAGGACUGAGGUGCUGCAGCACUAUUGAGCAUUCCUCUGACAGUCAUGAUGGUGAAGGGAAGUUUGCGCUGGACGGUUGUUGCCAACUUCCAUUCCCUCAGAGUUGUAACUGGAAAGGGGAACGAUCUGCGAGGAGGUCCUGUGCGUAGCUGCCACAGUGCCACCAGCCCCCGCCUCUCUCCUGCUGCCAGCGUUACAGUCAGGUCCUAUGAUGAGAUUCCAGGCAACUGGAGGAACAGCCUGGCCAGUCUGUAUACUUUCUGGAAAUUGGGUGGGCUUAAGAACAUUCAUCGGAUAAUGGUUAACAAUUUCAACACCUUUGGGCCCAUUUAUAGGGAGAAGGUUGGGUACUAUGAGAGUGUGAAUAUUAUCAACCCUGAGGAUGCUGCCAUCUUGUUUAAAGCAGAGGGACGCUACCCUAAAAGACUGACUGUGGAGGCCUGGACUGCCUACAGAGACUACAGGAACCGGAGAUAUGGGAUCUUGCUGAAGAAUGGAGAGGAUUGGCGAUCCAACCGAGUCAUUCUGAAUAAGGAGGUGAUCUCUCCACAAGUGAUGGGGAACUUUGUGCCCCUCCUGGAUGAAGUGGGGCAGGACUUUGUCUCCCGGGUGCACAAACAGAUAGAGAGGAGUGGGAAAGGAAGAUGGACGGCAGAUUUUUCACAUGAGCUCUUCAGAUUUGCACUUGAGUCGGUGAGCCACGUGCUGUAUGGGGAGCGGCUGGGAUUGCUGCAGGACCACAUCGAUCCUGAUACCCAGAAGUUCAUCGACUGCAUCACCCUGAUGUUCAAGACCACGUCACCCAUGCUGUACAUCCCCCCUGCCCUACUGCGGAGAGUUGGGGCCAAGGUGUGGCGAGACCACGUGGAGGCCUGGGACGCCAUCUUCAGUCACGCUGACCGAUGCAUUCAGAACAUCUACAGGAAGUUACGUCAGUCUCCGGAAAGUGAGGGGAAGUACCCUGGAGUCCUGGCUAGCCUUCUCAUGCUGGACAAGCUGUCCAUUGAAGACAUCAAGGCCAGCGUGACUGAGCUAAUGGCCGGAGGGGUUGACACUACUUCCAUUACCCUGUUGUGGACCAUGUAUGAACUUGCCAGAUACCCCGACCUGCAGGAGCAGCUGCGGGCUGAGGUUCAGGAUGCCUGGGCCUCUUCACAGGGGGACAUGAUCAAGAUGUUAAAGUCAAUUCCUUUGGUUAAAGGAGCCAUAAAGGAGACGCUGAGGCUGCACCCAGUUGCUGUGAGCUUGCAAAGGUAUAUAACUGAGGAUAUUGUGAUCCAAAACUACCACAUUCCAUCAGGGACUCUGGUGCAGCUAGGGCUCUAUGCUAUGGGGCGGAAUCCACAGAUUUUCCCCAGACCUCUGCAAUAUAACCCGGCCCGCUGGCUCAAAGGGGAGAUCCACUAUUUCAAAAGCCUUAGCUUUGGGUUCGGUCCCCGGCAGUGUCUGGGCCGCAGGAUUGCAGAGAUUGAGAUGCAGCUCUUCCUCAUUCACCUCCUCCAAAACUUCAAAAUUGAAAAACAAAGGCAAGUGGACGUUGGGAGUACCUUUGAACUGAUCAUUCUUCCAGAUAAGCCGAUCUUACUAACCCUGCGCCCUCUGCAUUAGAAGAAGGGCAACGGCAAUGACAAGACAAGGCUGUCAGGCUUCAUGUCCUUAUUUACUAUGCAGAGGGUAAGCUCGGCUUCUGUCCAGGAUUUCCACAGAACAGGCUGGUUGCUUUGAUUCUUGUUUAAAUGUUUUGAAAAACAAUAAAAUGUUCUUUGUACAAUUCUGUAUUUGCUCUUCCUUGAUACAGUCAUAACAAAAGAUCAACACUAAUAAACUACAUGGCCACCUUGUUAUGUUAGAGGUUAUUAAAGCUAUUUCCUAGAUGUGAAACGGUGGCCAAUGUAUUUGAUUUUAUUUUUCAAUAAUGAUACAGUGAUAAAUGGAUAAUAAGUAUAUAUAUUUUUCAGUAAUGUAACCAUGCAGAAGCAGCUCAUGUUGUGCUGAUUAAUAAGUUAAGCCAAUGCUUAGAUAGUUCAUGAUAUUGUUAAGUUUUAGAUUUAAGUUUGCUGUUAUUGAACUUCUUAUUCCAACCCAUGUACUGUAAAUGAAUGAAUAUGCAACAACUCACAUGAAUCCUUAUUAGAAAUGUUUAAGAACAUGGCACAAACAAUUAACAUUCACAGUUUGUUCAUUAAAUUCGGCCCAAGAAACUGCUCUGAAUGGGGAGCCACAGCAGUGACACAUUUCAUCGGUAAUACUAGAGAGAAGAAAUAAACAAACUUUAGCGACCUCCAAACUUCAAUAGGUAAAAGAAACACUUUUACAAUCAACUUCGUUUUAUUAUCUCGACCAAAGAAAUAAUACAAAUUGUUCUUUUAUGAAAAAGCAUAAA